AUGGCAGGAAAGCAACAAAAGGAAUUCAUUAAGGUUCUGGAGAGCCAAGAAGACUUUGACAAAGUUAGAGACAGAGACUAUCCUAAAUGCGUUGUAGUAGAUGUCCAUCUGACCUGGUGUGGUCCAUGCGAGGUCAUGGUUCCUAAUUUCAGAACAAUGUUUUUCUCAUAUGAUGAUGCUGAUGAAAGACUUGAGAUCUACACAAUGGACUCAUCUCUCUUUGAAGAUGAAGCUGUCAAAGAACAAAUAGGAGAGGUCACAUGAAAACCAAAAUUCAUCGUCAUUAUCGAAGGAGAGAUUAAAGGAGUCAUUGAAGGAGCUGAUUUCACAAAACUAUUUGAUCUAGUGGACAAGCACAUUCCUAGUCUUGAUCAGGACUAA